AUGUCUUCGAGGGCAAGCAAGCGACGGAGUACGGUUAGCGCUGGAAAUGUGUCCUCCAAAGCCUCCGCGGGAGGUGGAGGCGGUGGCGGCGGCGCGUCGGAAGACGCAGGAGACGAGGACGGCGGGGGCAGGUAUGCGGUCGCGUUCGGGACGGCGUGCCGCUUCAUGUCUCAUUGUGCCAAGAAAACAUGUUGUUCUCGUACGUAGAAGUGGUGCUUCAUGCCCAUACUGCAACAGUGACAUAUUCCCGCUGUUUCACAUAAUGGCAUGCUCCGUUGUAGCAACAAAAAUUUAUUGUUUUUUUUCAAACCUGAAUCUUGGAACGCUCCCGACGAGACGGUUCCGACGCCGCCAUUUUCGGCAUCGCCACUAUUUCUGCUGCGGAGCCAUCGAGCCUUGACAAUCAGUCCAGGUGGUGUAUUGUCUUACGUAUGACAACCUACGAUGUACCAGGUGAGACAAGCAUGCCUGUUUUCCUUUUUGUGUUUGGGUCAAGGAGACCCGUGUUUUUUCUCGUGUGAAAAGUGUACUCCUAUACGUUUCGGCAAGUUGGGCGAGAUGGCGCACACGAAUUUUCGAUCAAUGCACGAUGAAGAGACGAAGAAACAGAACAUGCUUGUAUCGACAGCAGUCCAUCAACCAACCCGAAUGUGUUGGUUCAAGAGGCUGCUGUGUAUACAUGGACGAUCACAACAUGUGGCGUCCUGCAGCAGCAGCGGAGGUGGCGGUGCUGCUGUAGCUCGUAGACUUUGUAGUCUACCACAGAGGUUACACUGCUGUCACCGCUCUGUCACAGAGGUCGGUCUACACUGCUGUGAGAUCGGUAGGCCCGAGUGAGCUUUGGAAAGAGAAAUGUAGAUGGAUGUUCUUAUCAACUGACUCCCUGGUCAGGCUUUGAUGGGUGCUAAAUGAGAGUGAGCACAAGGGGCGAAGGCGCGCUUGUGUCUCAUCUCAACAACAAAAC